ACAAAACACAGAUAGAGAGAGAAGAGGCAGAGGGAGAGGGAGAGAUAGAGAUAGAGAGAAAUCAAAACAACAAAUAAAAACUUUUCUUUAAAAAUUAUGGCUCAAGCACAGCCUGUGAGAAAGAUUGAACAAGAACAAGAUGAAGCGGAACAAGAAACCAUAAUUGCUCCUCCUCAUCUUCAUCAACAAAUUGAAAUCAAAGAAACAUCAAAACCUAAAUCAACACCAACAAGUGAUAGUAUUAGUAGUAGUAGCAGUGCUAGUAAUAGUGCGCCCUUCAAAUUCAAUGCGCAAGCACCUGAAUUUGUCCCUAGAUCGCAUUCUCCAAGCCCCGCUGCCUCUCCCGCCGCCGCUGCCGCUGCCGCCCAGACCCAGAUGCCUAUUUCUGGUUAUUUUUAUCCUUGUUUCCAUUAUCUUGGUGCCACUACUGGGUCUGAUUGGUUCUUUCUCGGGGAACAAGACCCACAUGCCUAUUUGAUCUCUAAUCCAAAUCUUGCUUUGCCCAAUUCCUCUAACAAGACUACUCUUCUUACUGAUGAUCUUCGCCAAAAGAUCCUCAAACAGGUGGAGUAUCAGUUCAGUGACAUGAGUCUUCUUGCAAAUGAAUCCAUGUCAAAACACAUAAGUAAAGAUCCUGAAGGUUAUGUACCAAUAUCGGUGAUUGCUUCCACAAAGAAAAUGAAGUCUCUUGUUAACAACAACCAUUUGCUCGCCCAAGCACUUCAGUCCUCAUUAAAACUUGUUGUAAGUGAAGAUGGCAAGAAAGUUAAACGUAAAAUCCCUUUUACUGAGAAAGACAGAGAAGACUUGCAGUCUCGUACUGUUGUGGUUGAGAAUUUGCCUGAAGAUCACUCCCAUCAAAACCUAGAGAAAAUAUUUAGUGUUGUUGGAAGUGUAAGAACCAUCAGAAUAUGUCAUCCCCAAGAAUCCAAUUCUUCACGCACUAAGAGCGAUUUCUUCAUGAGCAACAAGCUGCAUGCACUGGUGGAGUUUGAGAGUCCAGAAACAGCAGAGAAAGCGGUUGAAAAGUUGAAUGAUGAGAGGAAUUGGAGAAAAGGGCUUCGAGUCAGGGUUUUUAAAUGUGAACUUGUCCAGCCAAAAUCUGUUCUCAAGAACAGAAAGUCUGAAUUUGAUGGCCUUUUGGAUGAUGAAGAAUUACCAGUUCCUGAAUCAAAUGAAGAUUCUUCUCCGACAAACAAUGCAGAUUCGGUCAAUGAGAGUAAUGUGGAAGAAAAUUCAGGAGCACUGAAGAAAGGAUGGGCAAGAACUCGUGGCAAGGUGAGAGGACGCGGUCAAAGCCAUGGUGGGCGAGGGCUGCUUGCCCCGCCUUCACAAUCUGUUUGCUCUCUCCAAUGUGAAGCAUCUGCAAAACAUACCUCAAGGGGUCCAAGAAUGCCUGAUGGGACUAGGGGUUUCACCAUGGGUCGUGGAAAGCCGCUAGGAACUCCAGCUCUGGCUAGUACAAUUUUGGAAUAAAAAGGGUAUUUAUUUUUUUGAUUUUGAUGAAUUAGUUAAGUACUGAGUGGAUUAGUUAUUAUGAAGCUACUGGAGGUUUUGGAAAGCAAUUAGAGAAGCAAGAAUUGGUUAUGGGAGCCAAUAAGUUUUGGCAUGUUAUAUGAUUUUGAGUUCUUUUAGGCAUUAUGGAUGUUUCUUAAUAAUUUUAAGAUUGUAUAGUAUCAGUUUGGUGUGUCUUGUGACAACCAAUGCGGGGAUUGCAAUAUUUUUUUCCUUGCAUGACAUUUUUGAUGGUCCGUGUUGUUCUGGGUUGGAUAUAAUUUGUAUAAACAUUUCCAAUAAUGAAUUUGAGGGAUACAUCUCCCUCUCUCUCUCUC